AUGGACAAAUCGAAUAUUCGAUCGAAUAAAUUCGAUUAUAUUUUUCCGACCUGUUCGACUUUGAAUUCGAUUUUUUUGCCUUUUCUCCAGUCUAGAGAUGAAUUCAAGGUGAGAUUCAAAUUCACCUCUAUACUCAAACAAUCCCCUCUUUAAUCUUUUGUUUGCCCUCACGUUUAAACAGCCCCUCCUUUCUCUCCUUUUUAAAAGCUUGCUCUCAUUAUUACCAACCUCUACCAACCAGUCAAUCUGUCUCCAAACAAAUAUUAUUCGUCUUUCCUAACAAAAAAUUUCAAUUUCUCUACCUUCCCUCUUGUUUCUAUACAGUCUCUUUUCAGUUUAAAACAUUUCCCCCCAAAUUUUUCCUCUCAAUUUUUCCCCUAUUCUCGAAGCUGCCACUCACAUCGACGUCCGUUUUGUUCUCGCUUCAAAUAACACACACACAA